AACGUGGUCAGUUCCUACCCUCACAAAACCUCUCUUUCUCUCUCUCUCCUCUCCUCCCCCCACCCCUAAACCACCCCCCACUCACCUCCCUUCUACCUUGGCAACACCAAGUUUUUCCUUUCCCUUUCUUCACUCCAUAAUUGUGUAUACAUGUAUAGAUAUAGAGAGAGAAAGUGAAAGAUCUUUAGAGAGAGAGUGUCAUGGGAGAUAGCUCAAUGGGAGGAGUACUAGUCCCGUCGGUGAAGUCGGAGCCAGCAGCGUCCGAUGAAGAACCACAACCGGUGAUGCCGCAGACCCAGGCGGCGGAAGUGGCGGUGGUGGAGACGAAGGAUGUGGUGGUGGAGGAGGAAGAUGUGGACAAGGACAUGCUGUGUCCGAUUUGCAUGCAGAUGAUCAAAGACGCGUUCUUGACAGCAUGUGGACACAGCUUCUGUUACAUGUGCAUUGUGACCCAUCUUCAGAACAAGAGUGAUUGUCCUUGUUGUGGUCAUUACCUCACCACCAACCAUCUAUUCCCUAAUUUCCUCCUUAAUAAGUUGUUGAUGAAGACUUCUGCUUGGCAAAUGGCAAAAACUGGAUCUCCUUUUGAACAGCUUCAUCAGGCAUUACAACAGACAGGGUUGCAAAGUGCCGGUGAAGGAACUAAGCAGCCUCUUGUCUCUUAUUGCGGAGAAGAAAAGAAAGAUGGAGCAAGAAGAAGCUGAGACAAAUCUGCAGAUUCUACUUGAGUUUUUGCAUUGCCUAAGGAAGCAAAAGCUUGAAGAGCUCAAUGAGAUACAAACAGACCUCCAGUAUGUUAAGGAGGACAUAAAUGCUGUAGAGAGACGCAGAAUAGAGUUAAACCGAAUAAAAGAGAGAUAUUCAGUGAAACUGAGGAUGCUUGUUGACGAUCAUUCUGCAAAAACAGCAUGGCAUUCAUUGAUUGAGAAACAGAGCAGUGGAAUUAUCUCUAAUGGCCCAAGUGUACAAGGCCAAUGCUGGAUAGGUUCAGGAAGUUCACAGAAUAGGAAAGGUGCUACAACGGUUCAUGUAGGCUCUCAAGUACUCCAAGGAACAGAUGUUAACAGUGAGUCGGAUUCACAACAUGGUAGUCAGUCAGGGGUGGCAGUAGCAAGAAAGAGACGGUUCAUUCAACAGUUCAAUGAUCUACAAGACUGCUACUUGCAAAAGAGGCGGUAUUGGGCCAGACCACUACAUAAACAGGAUGAUAGGAAUCCUGUACAUAGAGAAGGUUAUCAUGCAGGACUCGAGGAUUUCCAGUCUGUGCUGUCUACAUUUACACGAUACAGUCGAUUGAGGGUCAUUGCUGAGCUUAGGCAUGGGGAUCUUUUUCACUCCGCCAAUAUUGUGUCAAGUAUAGAAUUUGACCGAGAUGAUGAAUUGUUUGCUACAGCUGGAGUUUCACGGCGCAUCAAGGUUUUUGAGUUUUCCUCGGUGGUGAAUGAACCAGCAGAUGUGCACUGUCCUAUUGCCGAAAUGCCCACAAGAUCAAAACUUAGUUGCUUGAGCUGGAACAAGUACGCCAAAAACCAUAUAGCUAGUAGUGAUUAUGAGGGGAUAGUAACUGUUUGGGAUGUAACAACUCGUCAGAGUGUGAUGGAGUAUGAGGAGCAUGAAAAGCGAGCAUGGAGUGUUGAUUUUUCACGUACUGAACCUUCAAUGCUGGUAUCUGGGAGUGAUGAUUGCAAGGUCAAAGUUUGGUGUACAAAACAAGAGGCAAGUGUUCUAAAUAUUGACAUGAAAGCAAAUAUAUGUUCUGUCAAGUAUAAUCCUGGAUCUAGCACCUAUGUGGCAGUGGGUUCUGCAGAUCAUUAUAUUCAUUACUAUGACUUGAGAAAUGUAAGCCAACCCCUCCAUAUUUUUGAUGGGCAUAAGAAAGCUGUAUCCUAUGUAAAAUUUUUGUCCAACAAUGAGCUUGCUUCUGCAUCAACUGACAGCACAUUGCGCUUGUGGGAUGUCAAAGAAAAUCUGCCACUACGCACAUUCAGAGGGCACACGAAUGAGAAGAAUUUUGUUGGUCUCACAGUAACAAGCGAACACAUUGCCUGUGGCAGCGAAACAAAUGAAGUGUUCGUCUAUCACAAGGCUAUCUCUAAAACCGCGGCUUGGCAUAGAUUCAGUUCUUCUGAUUUGGAUGAUGCUGAUGACAAUGGAGGAUCAUACUUCAUUUCUGCAGUGUGUUGGAAAAGUGAUAGCCCAACAAUGUUAGCUGCAAACAGUCAAGGAACAAUUAAAGUGCUUGUACUUGCUGCAUGACAAUGAAUGAUUAACAUAUAUAAUUGAAUUUUGAACAUUAUAGAAGCAGAAACAAAAGUUAUACCCAUUGGAAUAGCUAGGUUUUGGCUUUCCCCUUUCUCAGCCUUUUGGUUUCUCCAUUUCAAAGCUCAAAAGUGCAUUUUGCUUUUCUCAGAUUUAAACCAUUUUGUUCCACCUCCCACCUUCAUGGUGUUUAGCCCAUCCUAGACUGAUUUGAUAUGCGAUAUGGGUAUAUGGUGACAUGUAUUGUUCGAUUUGUGUCAUGAUGAGAUAAACUUAGUUGGUACAUUCAUUUAGGCCGCAAUUUGUUUUAUCUUUUAGGUCAUAAUUUGUUUAGAACUCCUCUUUGUAUUGCUUACACCAAUAUUCAAUAUAACAAG